AUAUAUAUAAAACAUUGUUUAAUAUUGAAUUUUUUAAAUCUAAGCACGAACAUGUCACGAAAUAUGCCACUAGAUGGCGCAAGUAACAGUAAUGGCUGCCGCCAUUUAACAAUCAAUAACGAUAUUUUCUCUUCUUUUUUCAUGUAAGUUUAUGGGUGCACAUGAGUACUGUUUUCUAAUUUCUUUCUUAUUAGAUUAGUAGGUUAUUGCAAUUUCAGAGAAAUGAAAUACAUUAGUGUGUAGGUUAAUUAAAAAGACUGAUGAAAAAAGAGUGAUUUACAAUAGAAUUAUGUCGAUUAGAAAAUAAAAGCGUCAUUGAAGGUUUCAAAAUAAAUAAAUAUCUUCAAACGUCGCUUUUCUAGCAUAGUUUGAUAUCUUUUUUAUUUUUAAUUAUUAAAGAAAGAAUCAAACACAAUGAGUUCAUUAACAUUGCAAAAGGUACAAUUACACGCAGAUGUUUAUAUGGUCUGUUUGCAUCAUGCUUUGUCAACAGAAUAUUUUGAAGUAAUGGGUUUACUUAUUGGAAACUGUGUUAAAGGUAUAGCAAAUAUAUCUGCUGUUAUGAUAUUAUAUCGUUUAGACAAGCAAAAAGAUCGCGUUGAAAUAUCUCCCGAACAACUAUUAAAAGCAGCUGCCGAAGCAGAUCGUUUAACUAUAGAAUUAAAACAUCCCAUGCGAGUUCUUGGAUGGUAUCACUCCCAUCCACAUAUUACUGUAUUUCCAUCUCAUGUAGACAUUGGAACUCAAGCAACUUAUCAAACAAUGGAUUCCGGUUUCGUAGGUUUAAUAUUUUCAGUAUUUUCUGAGGCUAAGGAUUCAAAGGAACAAGAAAUAUCUUUGAUUUGUUUUCAAUCUCAUGAUGGAAUAUCUGUCGAAAUUCCAUUAGAAAUUGUAUGUACUCCAGAAUUAUCAGACAUAUGUUUGAAAACAAUGACAGACAUACCAAAGAUUUUGGUGCAAGAAGAAGAGGAUACAGCAGAAGCAUGUAGAGAUCAUCCAGACAUUUUUGCUACUAUACAUAAUAAUGCUGAUUCUGCAGAACGAGAAAGAUGAAUAGGAUGAGAAGGACUACGUGCUAACCUUUUACGAGGUAGCUUUUCAAGUGUAGUUAACAGUUUUGCAAAGUCAGGUCGAUUUUCAGGAUGGUAUGACCAACAAAACAUCAAAAUAUCCUAAAAAUAAAAAUAGAUUAUAUAUUGUCAUUUUUAAAUAUUAAAUUAUUCGAAAUUUUAUUUAAAUCUUACCUUAACAUCACGGGAGGCUUGUAAAUUAGCCAAAGGUUGCUUCAUUCCUUUACCUACUUGCCAAAUUAUAGCUUCAGGAGGUUGACCUUUGAAUGGCCAUUCACCACAUAAAAGUUCAUACCACACAGUUCUGAAAGAUAUAUCAAAUAUGUCAUAUUGAAUUUAUUAUUACAUAUUUAUGUAAAUAGUAGAAUAAAAGGUUGAUGCAAUACAAACCCAAAUGCAUAAACGUCAGAAGCAUCUGUAAAUGGUAAUUCUUCUUGAUCUCGAGUUUGUUGCGGUUUUAAUCGUCGUACAAUUUCAGGAGCCAAAUAACACAACCAACCUGGUGGUAUACUUAAUCCAUUACCUUUCCUGUAUUAAAGACAAAUUUAUUAUUCAAAUUAAAAUUACCUGAGCGUUUAUAAAAAUAUAUAAUUUACUCACCUAUUACCAUAACAGAGUUUAGUAACACUGAAUAGACCAAAAUCAGUUAUUACUACUUUUCCAUUUUCUAAAAAUAUGUUUUUGCUUUUCAAAUCCUUGUGAACUAUACCACGGGCAUGAAGAUACCCCAUUCCCUGUGUAUAAAUAAAUUUUUGUUUUUAUUUGCAAAUAUUUUAAAUAUCAUUAAAUAUUAUCACGUGUUACAGAUGAUAUUAAAUUUAUAUAAUAUUUUUACAUAACUUUUCUUUUACGCAUACCUGAGAAAUCUGUUGAGCGAUAAUAGUCGUUUUAUUCAUAUUGAAUUUAUCUUUUCGUAAAUGAAUGUGGGUGUAAAGUGUCAUGCCUUUGCUCAUACUAGUUACUAUAGCUAAACAAGGGGGUUUCAUACAAGCUCCCAUAAAUAAAACCAAAUUUUCGUGUCUAGUCUUUCGGAAUGUAGCCACCUAUAAAUACGAUGCACUCGUAAACGAUGUUGGUUUCUUUUUUUUUAAUUAAUUAAUUAAUUAAAUGAUAAGUAAUUCAAUACUACAUCAUAACAUAAUUUUCAUACUUCUAAUUUGAAGGCUUCUAAUGUUUUAUCGUCAUCAAGAUAAUAGUCCAUAUUUAAAACUUUAAUCGCAACAUCUCCAUGCCAAUUUCCUCUGUAGACUGUUCCAAAUCUUCCAGUACCUAUAGGUUCUCCAAUUUUUAAUUCAUCAUAUGGAAUGUCCCAUUCCCUCAUAGAUAACUACAAGCACAUAGAAUAUUUUUAAACGUAGAUUUUUUUGUCUUUUUGUAGUUAAAUUUAAUACAUCACAGAUUACGCGACAUAAACAAACUAUUAUGCGUACGCUAUUUUGACGAGGCCACCGGCUAUCUCCUGGUUCCCCAUCAGAAACCUGAGAAUCCUGGGAAUCUACUCUGACUGGUGUUCUUUCUGAAUCAGUGCUAACACUGCCAGAGCCAGAAACGCUUACUGUCCUCUCACUAUCACUCAAGACAGUUGUACUUUCAAGACGAUGUGUUUCCAAUGUAACACCUUUUUCAUUUAAUACAACAUCUGUAAACACAUCGCCUAAAGUAUUUGAUAUAUUGGCAUACGAUAAAAACGAUAUAUUACCUGGAAAAUGGAACUGUUGCUUCAUAGGUGCUUGUGGAGUUUGGCUAGUAUUGGCAGGUAAUAAAGCUGGACUAGAAGGUGUUGAGCUAUUGCAGCUCGAGGUAUUCGAACUAGAAUCAGCACCCU